AUGAGCCCUUCGCCUCGAAUCCAUUCACCGCUACGACUUGAGAUUACCAAGGAGUACGACCAAUCAGCCAUCCAAUUCCUUGUGAAUGGAAUGCGGGCACUUCCCACUACUUUUGCGCAAAGCUGCAAAAACAGCUUCAUUCACCCAGCUUUGUACACUUCUGGACUACCCGCUCCAAUUCGGGAAAUCCAUCAUCUCUGCCUUCUGAAUCUGCAAGCUGGACCCGACCACCGAAAGAACGCUAUCAUUCCUCUGCUCAGACAAAAGUUUGUAGAAUUACACCGCCAAUAUUCUCGUCCAUUGUCAUUUGAAGAGCUUCUGAGCUACUCACAAGCCUUGCUGCUCAUUCAAUGUAUCCUGGCACUCAACGAGGAUGAUCAGGCUCAGUACUCUGAGAGCGUCGGCAAUAUGAUUGCGGGCAUCGGCAGCCGCCUGUGGGAACAAGCACCGUUGAAGCUUCCAUCGACUUUAAGCCGACGACAUGCAUGGUUAUUAGCUGAAAGCGUUCGACGCACAAUCAUUGUGAGCUUGAUGCUACGCAGUGCAUAUUCCAUGAAAACAAGAAAAUGCUCUUCUCGAACACCAUUUGCGGAUGCGUUACCAUUUGAUGUGCGCACUAAUUUAUGGGACGAUGAGUCUAACCAAACCUGGGCAGACCAUGGUGUCGAUUCGCCGGACUCAAUGAUUUCUUUGCAUGAGUAUUCUGACGCGAUGGGAAAUGGCCAAGUCCAUGAUGUGCAUCCUUUCGGCGCUCUAAUACUUGCCGCUUGCAAAGGCAUGGCAGUCUCCGCGAUACCGUUCCCUCCUCGGAGCAACUACAUUAUGACCAUAAAUAGUUAA